GAUUGAGUUGUUCCGGGUGGGGACAUGUAAGAAGGCGGAACUUGGCUGGUGUCCAUCAAACGCAAAUCUGGCCAACGCGCGACGUCAUCAUUUGCGCUUACUUUUCUACCUGCUUGUCCAGGGAUGCAUCUGGGAGAGAGCAGUUCACGUUGUCGUCAUUAACUUCUCCGUUGGAUCUGCUUGAACAGCAUUCUAUUACCACCACAUGGACGCCAUUCAUAAGACCAUCUUUUUCCAGUCCAGUCAUUGAUGAGCUCUUGGUGUUUAAAAAAAAAAAAAAAAAAAAGGAGGCCAGAGCAAGUGGGGGAGUUGGUGUGAGCCGGCAUUGGGAGGUGUGGGGGAGGAGCUUCCCACUGUGAUGAAGUGAGGUACCUAGGGGGGAACAUGAGAGGGGGCGGGGUGCCCUCUGACACGACCUCGUCACAUGAGAGCGGGAGCGCGGAAGGCCGCUGACAGCACACCAGGUUAAGGUUAUGUCUCUGUCAGGAGGGUGCAAGUAGUCCUGAGAAAAUGAGCAUUUGCAACCGAGAGGGGGGGCAGUGUGCCGAGAUGGCCAUGGUAUGCCUCACAGACUUUGAGGAAUACGCCAAGGAGCACCUGUCCAAGGCCACGUGGGACUACUACGCUGCCGGAGCCGACGAGUGCUGCACCCGAGAUGACAACCUGUUGGCCUUCAAGCGGAUCCGCCUGAGACCUCGCAUCCUGCGCGACGUGUCGGUGAGCGACACCCGGACUACGGUGCAGGGUGCAGAGAUCAGCUUCCCGGUGGGCAUCGCGCCGACUGCCUUCCAUUGUCUGGCGUGGCACGAGGGUGAGAUGGCCACAGCGAGAGCCACCGAGGCACUAAACACAUGCUACAUCACCAGCACGUACUCCACCUGCUCGGUGGAGGAGAUUGUGGCGGCGGCGCCUAACGGCUACCGCUGGUUUCAGCUCUACGUGUACCGUGACCGCAAGCUGUCGGAGCAGAUCGUGCACCGCGUGGAGGCGCUGGGCUUCAAGGCCCUGGUGCUCACCGUGGACGUGCCGUACACGGGCAAACGGCGCAACGACAUCCGCAACCAGUUCAAGCUGCCGCCGCAUCUCAAGGUCAAGAACUUUGAUGGCGCCUUUCAGGAGGUGGCCGGACCGGAGGAGUACGGGAUCCCGGCCAACACUUUGGACCCGUCUGUUAGCUGGAAGGACAUUUACUGGCUGCAGUCCAUCACGCGGCUGCCAAUCAUCAUCAAGGGCAUCCUGACCAAGGAGGACGCCGAGCUGGCGGUGGAGCACGGCGUGCAGGGCAUCAUCGUGUCCAACCACGGUGGAAGACAACUGGACGGCGGCCCGGCCUCAAUCGACGCCCUGUCUGAGAUCGUGGACACGGUCCAGGGCCGCAUCGAGAUCUACCUGGACGGGGGCAUCCGCACGGGCAGCGAUGUGCUGAAGGCGUUGGCCUUGGGGGCCAGGUGUGUGUUCAUUGGCCGCCCGGCAGUGUGGGGCCUUGCAUACAAGGGGGAGGAAGGCGUGAGGGAGGUGCUGCAAAUUCUAAACGACGAGUUCCGCCUCUCCAUGGCUUUAUCGGGUUGCCGGAAUGUGGCGGAAAUCAACAGGAACCUCAUCCAGUUUUCCAAACUGUGACCCACCUGCGGAAAGCAGGGAGACAUUUGUCAUGGAGCCAACACUUGUUUUGACUGUUUCCAACACAGAAAGGAGAAGAACAAACUCUACCUUUGAGCUUCACUCAACUCAAAUCAACUCGACUGUAUUUAGAGAGCACAACCAACGCCUUAGACAAAGUGCUGUACAUGGAGCAAAAA